CACACUGUGAAUAUACCCUAUAUGUUCCCGCAUUUUUUAGCUGUGUAUAAGGAGUUGUGAGGUUCUUUGGGAAAUUUGCCUCAUGACUCCUCAUUGUAAACAGGACAGCGGAUGGGCACCGGGAAGUACAGUAGUUAGUUCCAUGCGCCCAGCUCGUCCCACACUUCUAAUGAAUGAAAACAGCUGCUGCAGCACCUCUUUAUAUCUAUCCCAGUGCUGUGUGUGGCCAACUCCAUGCCGGGCACCCCGCCGCUCUACUCACUUCAGCCUCCCCCGCCCUGAGGAGUUUCUUGGCCGGGGUCCGGGGACAUGAGGGACGGUCCCCCGUAGGACCCGCCCGGGCUCCAGGGCCUCGCUGCAGUUAGACGCCGGCUGAGCUCAGGCAAUGCCUAUCGCCGUGUGUGCACGUUACCCGGACAGAAGAGCCGGUCCUGAAGGCAGAGGCAGCUGCUUGGAGUAGAGAGGACGGCCGAAGAGAGCAGGCGGUAGGACUGGAGCAGACUUCGGGGAGCAGGUAGAGGAGCAGGGAGGAGCCGGGCUGAGGGAGUCAGGGCGGUGUAUAAACUCCACGGACUCGUGUGACAACUUGUAGAGAAGACAGCUCCGGGUAGCACCACACAGCCACCGUGCACACACAGCCAGCAGCGGGCACCACACGAUACGGGUGGGCGGGCACUAACCUUGGCACUAGCCCUGACCUGGGAAGGGAGAUGGAGGUUCACAUUGGACUCGGGGGGGUGUACAAGCAGCCGCCCGGCAAGAUGAUACGAGGAGCCUUUGAGAAUCUCUUUCUGAGCGUCCGGGGGGCGCUGCAAGGUGACAGGAAAACUGCGGGUCCAACUGAGCUCUGCCACCCGCUGCCAGCCUGGAGGGAGCCCGCUGCCCCUCAUACCCAGCACAGCGCCUGGACUGAAACCUCGGGGGACUGGACUGAAGCCCGGGGCACCCAAGCAGCUCCCUGGAGAGAAGGUGCCCAGCCAGACCCGGCGCCCUGCAGCCCACCCGGAGAGGUGUCUCAGUUCCCUGCCCUGGGCAGCUGCUCCUCGGAGCUGAAGGAGAUUCUGGGAGAGCAGGGAGGGAUGCUGGAGACAGAGGAGGGCACUUCAGAGCAAGCCUCAAAGGAAAGGUACCCACUGACACCAGAGGGCAUCUCAGAUAGUGCCAAGGAGAUCUGCAAAGCGGUGUCUGUGUCCCUGGGGCUGAGCAUGGAAGCGCUGGAGCAUCUGAACCCAGGAGCUGACACUCAGAGAGGAGACUGUAUGUUUGCUGGCCCCCCUACUCACACCGUGGACAGCCACAAGUGCCAGCUGGGUGAGGAAGACAAGUCUGCCACCUCAUCCCCUCAGUACCGCGAAAGUGCCUUCAGGAGGAAUGUCCAAACCAACUUCUCAGCUGGCAAAGCCCCAGAGGAUGGAUCAACCAUGGGCACAGAUGAGAAGGAGCAACCCUGUACAGAGUUGGCAUUGCCCGAAUCAGGGGGCUACAGAAGCCGUGGCAUGGAGUUGGCACCCAGCCUUACUUUGUACAAGCCCUCUACAUUCAUGGAAGAUAACCCUGCCUACCCAGCCUACAGCUUUCAGAUGGCCCUUACACCACAUGGCAGAAUAAAAGUAGAAACCCCUAUGGAGUUUGGUGGCAGUGCUUGGGGGGCACCAGCCAGGUAUGGGGAAAUAUCCAGUUAUGCCCACUGUGCUGCAACUGGUAACUGGCACCCUCUCUUUGAGGAGGGACAGUCUGCUGGUUCUAUUACUGAUGCCAGCCUGUAUAGCUACCCACGAAGCCAUGCUCCACCUGGUUCAAACAGCGAAUUUCCACCGGACACUUGGUAUCCAACAACAGCCGUGUUGGGCAGAGUGCCUUAUGGCAGCCCCAUGAAGUCUGAGAUGAGUCCAUGGCUGGAUGGAUACCCUGGGGCAUUUGGAGAUAUGAGGCUGGAAGGAAGCAGAGAUCACCUGCUGCCCAUUGACUAUUACUUCCCGCCACAGAAGACCUGCUUGAUAUGUGGAGAUGAAGCAUCUGGAUGCCACUAUGGAGCCCUCACAUGUGGCAGCUGCAAAGUCUUCUUCAAGAGAGCAGCUGAAGGAAAGCAGAAGUAUCUUUGUGCUAGCCGGAAUGACUGCACAAUUGACAAGUUCCGGAGGAAAAACUGCCCAUCGUGUCGCUUACGGAAAUGUUAUGAGGCUGGCAUGACAUUAGGAGCACGAAAACUGAAGAAAUUAGGGAACCUCAAAGCUCAAGAGGAGUUAGAGGGAUCUCCUGGACAGGGAGAAGGACGAGAAAUGACACCCAAUAUGUCCCUUACCCAGCUGGAAGGCUACAGUUGUCAACCUAUCUUCCUCAAUGUACUAGAGGCCAUAGAGCCUGUUGUGGUUUGUGCUGGACAUGACAACAAUCAGCCAGACAGCUUUGCUGUGCUUCUUAGCAGCCUGAAUGAACUGGGUGAGAGGCAACUAGUACAUGUGGUGAAGUGGGCAAAGGCAUUACCAGGUUUCCGUAACCUGCACGUAAGUGACCAAAUGACAGUCAUACAGUACUCCUGGAUGGGACUCAUGAUCUUUGCCAUGGGAUGGAGGUCCUUUAAAAAUGUCAACUCUAGAAUGCUUUACUUUGCUCCAGAUCUGGUGUUCAAUGAGUAUCGUAUGCACAAAUCUCGCAUGUACAGUCAGUGCGUUCGAAUGCGUCAUCUGUCACAAGAGUUUGGUUGGCUACAGAUCACACCUGAGGAGUUUCUCUGUAUGAAGGCUCUUCUCCUCUUCAGCAUUAUUCCCGUAGAAGGUCUGAAGGAUCAGAAGUGCUUUGACGAACUACGGAUGAACUACAUCAAAGAGCUGGAUCGUGUCAUCUCCUGCAAGAGAAGCAACCCAGCAUCCAGUUCACGAAGAUUUUUUCAGCUCACCAAACUUCUGGAUUCUGUGCAACCGAUUGCACGCGAGUUGCACCAGUUUACAUUUGACCUCUUUGUGAAGGCACAGAUGGUGAGCGUGGAUUUCCCUGAAAUGAUGUCUGAAAUAAUUUCUGUUCAAGUUCCCAAGAUUCUGUCCGGCAGAGUCAAGCCCCUUUACUUCCAUAAUUCAUGAGAAGCCCCUCUGGGCCAAUUCUCUCCCCCCUGCAGUGUGCCUUAAGGGUCACCAUGUACAGAUAUGCAAAAUGGACUAUACCUGCAGCCUUCAUCAUGUCAUGCCAUGCAGGCGUGACUUCUUCAUCCAUUUUUGUGUUCAGGACAGUUGUCAUGUAAACAACCUUCUGAGAUGUGUGCCACGUCACUGACUCACAGACUACUGGAUGACUGAUCCAAGGACAGUUUUGAUUUUAUUACCAGACUAUAGAGGUUUUGUGUGUUUUGGAAUGUAGACUGGUAAUUUCUGAGGAAAAUGGGAAUCACAAGUUUAGUUCUGUGCAUAAGUUCUUUGUCAGCUUACACAUCGGUAUAUACUCUAAAAACAAGCAGUGCAGGGGAGUGGUAAAACCCAGAUUUUAUAUACAGAAAGGUACACUAAAAGCACUUAUUCUCCUGGCUGCAAGCUCUGGGCAAAAUGGCAAGCAGUUCUUUAUUCUUGCCUAUUUUCUUUGAUAGAUUCAGUGCUGAUUAAGCACUCUUGUUUUCCAGCCAGGAGAUGUCGGGGCUACAUCAAAAGCCAAAGGGAUGAUUGAGCACUUCAGCCUGUGCUGAAACAACACCUCUGAUACAUGACUCUUUGAUUGAGAAUCGCAGCUGUACUUAUAAUACAGGGUUCUGUACUGACUCUGAUUGUGGAAGGGAUAAGGAGGACUGGAAACUUUCAGAUAAAUACACAGAAAUUCUUGAGGAAUAAGGUCACUUACAGCGCCUCUAAAGGAGCAUGGUUUGGUCCACACGUGCAGGUUUUCUCUUCUCAAUCAAUUCCCUUCCUUCUGUAUCGUCUAGAACCAUAUCCUAAAGACCAAGACAGUAAAGCUAAAUAUUAAGGCUUUUUUUUUUCUACCACAAGCUCCAUGUAACAUGCUCCUCUUGCAUUUUUCAUAUAUUUACUUCAUCAUACAUUUUAGUAAGCAUGUAUAUAUCUGGAAUCUAUCCAGUAAAUGCACAGUUUAUAUACAUUACAUAACAACAAAUGUUUCACUAUAAGAAUUGUAGAUAUUUACAAUCAUUUUACGCUGUUUUUUUCUAGUAUUCUGAAUGGACAUAGAUGCUUCAUUUUCUGUAAAAUCCCACCAAAUAUCUAAUUAGUCACCCAUUUCUGCUUCUUAAAAAAGAGUACCAUCAGUUUACAUGUGAUUGUUCUCUAACUCAUCCUAAAAUGAGCCCAUUUAUGGGGCCUAUAGCAUGACCUUAUACUAAAAGGCCAAUGAAAGAAAAGAAAUCAAAGCUGGUCUAAAGGAAAACAUGUUAUCCAACAGUUCACAAUUAUAUAGAGAAUGCCGCUUAUAAAUGACUACAAUCACCACUAGCUUUGUGAUAUCAAAUCGAUACUUAUAAAUAACAGGCCAUAAAUAUAUUUCAAUAUACAUAUUUUUGCCAAUAACCUAAGAUACAAUAAAUACAUCUGCAAGUUAUGCUGUAGCCUCAUGACUUGUGGAUUCUUUAUCCCUGCUUAUUGUCAGACUGUGGCAUGCAAUACAUCCCUGUAGAUCAGUGAUCCCCAACCUAUGGCUCUCCAGCUGUUGCAAAAUUACAAACCUCUCUUUCCAGUGAGAAGGGAAGGAUCAUGUUAAUAAACACAUGUAUCUAUCUAGUUGUCUCACAAAGUAACUGGAAUCCAAAGAAAUACAAAAGGGUUUGCUCUCACAAUCAGUAUAAUCCUGAUCUAAUAGCUUUACCCUAGUCAUAAGCCAGGCAUCACUUGUCUAUGGGCAUUAUAAAUAUGAAUGUAUGUCUGUAAUUGAUAUAAACCACAAUGGAAGAGAUAAAUAAAACUGUGUGAACCAACAUUCUGGUCCAAUUUGAACCCCCCCCCCCCCCCCCCAAAAAAAAAUAAAUAAAUAAAUAAAUAAAAUGAAUUGGCAUAUUUGACUUUGACCACAAGUUUUAGACAUUUGUGCACCUUGCUCGACAAGAGGUGUAGCUGAAGUGGGUGUGGCCUAGAUAUGUUGUGUACCAAAAAUUCCCCCAAGUUUAAUAGCUGGUGUAAAUUUACACCAGACAGUCUAAAGAUGUGCCAGAUUUAUAAAACAGCCUGAGCCACUGGGAUAAAUCUGCCACUAGACUAGACUAGACAGAUUGUCUAGUCCAAGUUUACACUAAGAUUUAGACAGUUUUAUUUAUCUCCCUCAGUGUCUGUUUUUCUCUAAAAUUACAUUUCUGAGAACCUCCAGAAACAUUUGCAUACAAUGUAUGAAUGGUCUCAGCAGCCCAUCUUGUUGUUGCUGACUUUAUGUUCAGCUUUCCUUUAAUCCCAUUGAGGAUGGGUGUCAGUAAGGGAAUACGUUGAUCCUUUAUUGAAGAAAAAACAUAAGUAGUGCCUUUAUACCCAACUGUUCCCUAAUGUACAUCUUAUCCUCAAUACUGAAAAGACAUGAAUACUACUAAAUCUAACUCUAUAUUUGUUACGUCCCGCCUCUUAACAAUGAAUGCAGUGAUAUAUUUUAAGAAUACAUAAGUUUUUUAUUUACUAGACGUAUAGCACUAUUGGGUGGUUUGGACCAGACAUAACCACCAAAGUACGAGAGCUCUGAAUUUCUCCCUAUACAAGCAAGUUUGCACUAUAGUAAAUAAUAUUUUAUUAGGCAUUUCCUGGCUGUUUAGAGCCGCACAAAAUAUAUAUACAUAUAUAUUUUUUAUUUUUGUAUGGAUUGAAUUUUGCUUUACAAAGGGACAUACUGAAUGAUGAGCACUUUACGUUUAUUUGUUUUUCAUUAAUGAUUUUAUACAUAAAACACUAUAAACUGGGGUGUUAUCCAUAGAUACAUCAAUAGAGAGGGCUUCAUUUGCCAUUCAUUUAAAUAGGGAUUAAGCCUUCUCUUCCAUGUCACUUAGCUUGCUUAGGAUGACAUUUUGCCCAAUGAGAAUAGACAUAAUAGGUCAUUGUUGAGAAAGAAGAGAUAAGAUAAAAAGCAAUUUGAGCAAGCACAGUGAUGUCUGUGGUAGGUGUAAGCUAUUCCUUCAACAGAGCCAUUCAUAGGUCAGUGAAUUGGGUAGAAAGAGCCCACUCAUUGUCAUAUGUCUUCUCAUUCCGUAUUAAACACAGACUGACCUAUAUUACACUGUGGCCUGUAUGGCAAUUUUAAUAUGGAGGGAGCUGACCUCUAAUAUAUCAAGCUACUAUACCAUAGAGUAAAUUAAUUAAUCUAGCGAGGGGAGGGUGUUUUCUUGUUUUUAACUUUUGAAAUAUUUUUUUUUCCGAUUUAUAAGCAACUUCAGGUGGUUUUGACAACAAUGCCACCUACUGUGCGAAGCUCUGGAGUUCUCUCUAUAGGAGGCAGGUUUCUCUAUAUGAACUCAGGGUUCAGAGUAAAGUACCAUAGGUGGCCUUUUUGCAAAAACACCUGCAAAAAAGGGCAUUUAGUUUGUCAACAGCUAACCUAUUCAUACUUCAAUAUAUGAUAAGGGCAAGGGGAUCUAGGCCUUAUGUACAUACAAUACCUUGCACUAUAUGUACCAAAACUAGUCCAAAUAAAGGUACUUUAGCCUUCUAAUAUGAAAACCAUGUAUAUUUAGGGUAUUGAAAUUCCAGCAUUAGUGUAUGUUUAUUGAAUAUAACCAAACAGUGACCAUUGUAAUAAUAGCAAAAUAAUUAUCUUGCCCAAUAUUUUAUAUUUUAUUGUAAAAUCAGUUGUAUUUUGGGGUUGUUAACCUCUUUAUUUUGGAAGGGGGAACUAGUAUUUUCACCAAUGCCACCAGCAGUUUGACAAAUCCUUUUCUCUGCCCAUUGAUAUUUUUUUCCAUUAGGAAGGGCAGAGCAGUGUGCUGGAGGCUAAAUGAUGGCACACAUAUCUGCGGCUCUUUAGUAAGCUGAAUGUCUCACUAAAUGGUUCUUCUGUUGGGCUAUGUAUUUCGGAGAUAUUCUUAUUUUUCGACACAUUACUCAAAAUACCUCUGGAAUACAGCUUUAACAACUUUUUGCUUAGAAUCUGACAGGAAAAAACUCUGUACAGUAAAGUCCCAUGGACAUCUAUAGAUGAUCUAUUUUGGCUCCAUACAUCACAGAGCCUUAAUGCUGCCCUGCACACGAAGCCUUAGGGUAUGAAUAAAAGGGCACAAAAUGGUCUGUGUUAGACGUGGAAAACCUGACAAUUUUGCUUUGAAGACAGCGCAGUUCAAUUGCCUAAAACUCUGCCUUUGACUUCAGGGGGAGCGUAGUAAACACACUGAAAAGAAGUGACAUUGAAAGUCAAUGGGAGCAUUGAAGUCAGGGUCCCCCCCCCCCCCCCCGUCCCCCCCGAUACCUAUUUUUUGCCUGUGUAAAUGUACCCUUAAGAAACUGGACACCUUUUGUGUCUUGCCAUAAUGGACAUUGCACUAUUCCUAGAUGAUUUCUUAAAAGUUUUACUCAAAUGAACAAGCCAUAGAAUUGUAACAAACCAUAUAAAUCACUUAUCCAUAUCAUUAGUGUUGAAAAAAAUUAUUUCAUGUAAGGCUAGGCUCACAUUUAAAAAUGACUGUCCCUUUGUGAUAUGUGUCAAAAAACUAGACAAUUGUUAUGCUGAGGUAUACUAUGUUGUACCCCUCACUUUGGAUGGAAGAAAGUCCUUAGUGACUACAUGUGGCACAUUUGUGAGUGUAUACACACACAGCCACAGACAGCUUUUAAGUGCCACAAGAAACUGUACAGACCCGAAAUAUAGUCACUAUUAAGCUACGUUCAGUCCAGUAAAAUCAAUAGUUCCAGUAUAUCAGAUACUCUAGCAUAAUGAUUGCUGGUUUAUCGACAUAUGCCACAAGCACAGAUAUGAACAUAGCCUUAGACAAGUGUAUGCUUAGUUCUCCCUUAUGUUGCGCAGACAUGACAUAGAGGACAUAUGUAAUGUAGACAUGACAUAGAUUGUGGUGUCCAACCUGUGGCCCUCUAGCUGUUGCAAAACUUCAACUUCCAGCACGCUUGGACAGUCGGCGGGCAUGGUUGAGUUGUAGUUUUGAACCAGCUAGAGGGCCUCAGGUAAGACAGCACAGUCUAUGUCUACACAAGGUAUAUGUGUCCUACAAUAUUCUGUUUAUUACAUGGUAUAUGGAUAUCCCUGAAGAAGAAUAUUUUACGUUUUCUAUGCAGUUGUACAGGUAUAUCAGCAUGAAUAAUCUGGGUCGGGUGGGUUCUGUUUUAACUACACAUAGUAUACAUAUCUAACACCAAAAUAGAAUAUUAUUGAGUCACUCUGACCUCUUUGAAAAGAUGUUUCCACAACAGUAAGCUAGUAUUUCUCGAGCAUAUUGUAAAUAUCAUAAGGGUGAAUUCAGCACCUAAUGGCUGCCUAGCUGCAAACACGUAAUGAUGUAAAAUGACUGCAUUCAACAAUGCAUUUACGACAGCCUGGAGGAGUCACGGUCUGCCACCUCUGUGGUAGUAUGUCAGCCGCAUAAUAAAAAAACACUGAGACCUACAAAGUAUAAAAUGAAACCACUUACUGCUUACAUCUUUAUUUAAUAUAUGAGUCUCUGCAUUUGCAUUGCAGCCAGAGCUAGAAGCCGUCCCUGAAAAGAAUAUGUAUUAUUCCUAAUCCCUGCUGGGUAAUAUGGAGAAAAUGGAAAUGAAGAAGUAAAACUAAGGAAGAGCCUGAGUGGAACGGAACUUGCAAUCCUGUGGAUUCUGCAAAUGCCAUCCACCUACCCAGCUUCUAGCCAUGUGCUGUGCAGGGGUUAAGUGUCGCCUUUGUAGCUUUGCUUAGGGAAAUAAAAGAAAGCCGCUCAGUGCCAAAUAACUAUCUAAGGUGUAAAUAUGUAUACAUAAUGCAUUUAUAUCAUUUAUCUGCAAGAUGCUAGCAGCUACAACAUAAUAUAUCACCUACCUGCUAGCAGCUUGCCGAAGAAUUGUCUCUUACCUAUUGCUUACAGCAGCUCUGGGUAACUUGUUAUGUCUGGCUAUAUUCAAGUAUAUUGCACGAUACCUACCUGUGUCACAUAGUAUAAAUUGCCUUUUAACUACCUGAUAUUUUCUCUUAAGAUGUUUUAAUGGGGACUUUUGAAACUACCUAUGUUAUGUAUAUUCCUACUUGAGAUACUAAAGCAGAGGCAUUAUACUUGGUUGUCAGGUAAACUAAAUCCUGUAAUGAAGUAGUUGAGGCCAGCAGGAGGUAAGAUAAGGUUAUGUUCAGAUGCUACGGAUUUGCUGUGAAUCAGCUGCAGAUCAGUUGCAGAUAAUGGCCCUCAUUUACUAUUGCAAACCGACAUGUUUUGUCAGGUUGUACGCCCGAAAUUCCGUGUGCGCCAGAAUCUGUGACAGAUUUUGUGUCAGAAUUGGAAAAAACCCGACUAUCUCUCCAUUUUACUCAGAAAACCUGGGAGUGGCCGCAGUGAAAAUGGGUGUUCCCCCCCACAUUUUCACAAAAAUCCUACAUAUUUACUAAGGUUUCCACAGAAAAUGUGGUGAAUUUGAGCUAAGGAAAACUCUACAGAUCAGAACAUGUGUAAAAAAAAGCAAAGUGUAGGGAAAGUGGAAAAUGUAGGGAAACCUUAGUAAAAAAUUGUAGGGACAUAAAACCCACAAAGAAACCUUCUUAAUAAAUCAGGGCCAAUGUGUAGUGUGUCUGCACCAAAACAAAUCAAUGUAUUUAAAAUCAGCUGCAGAUCUGAUACAGAUCAGUUGCAGAAAAUCUUCAUUAGACCUGCAGUGUGUGAACAUACACUAAGGGCUCGUUCAGGUGGAUUUGAUAGCAAACUGUAAGCUUUAGUGAACUCCAAGAGCACUCCACCGCAGUGGAACAUCUUCCGCGGACAGGCACAGAGAGUCUUCCGCCAUUCAAACUGGCAACUGGAAACACUGCGAGUUUGCUAUCAAAUCCGCCUGUCUGAACGAGCCUUUUGACUAGGGACACGCCUUGCACAUAUGCUGCCAAUUUCUGCAGCAGAAAGCGAGCCAAAGGCAGAAGUGGAUCCAGUUGUAAGGGGAAAUUUAAAAGUGUUAAGUUAGGUUUAAACUAUAGAAAUUCUUUCUGGAAAUCAUCUUAAAUUACAAUAGGGGAAUGGUUACAGAUAGAGGUCUUUCCACAAUACCUCCAAUUAUAUAUAUUAAUCGGUAUCAGUAAAAAUUAUACUUUUGUCAUACUUUGGCCUAAUGGGUGUUUUUUACAUAUAAGUAUUUUGGAAAUCAUCUUGGAUAUUUCGGCCCAAAAUUCCUGUGCCACAGAAUCCCAUUUCUGUCAGUGGGAUUCCGCUGCACAGUGCACGCUACAGAAUUUCAGCAGUUGAUGUUCCAGAAAUUACGCCACCAAAAGAAUAAACUUGUUCAUUCUUUAGUUGGAAUCCACUCCCCAUCUAUGGGGACGGCAAUGUCCGCACUGAUUCAGUCGGUGCUGGCCACAUUCCGGAAAAUCCACCUGGACAAAAUCCAACUGGAGAUUCUAAGUGUGAACCAGCCUUAUACUUUCCCCUUCCACUUCUGCCUUUGGCCAUGUUUACACACUACUCGGAAAUGUGCUGUCUCAUAGGUGGCAAUGCAUUUCCGAGCGGAAAUCACAGAAAAAUCACGAAUUAUGGAACCGGGAUUUCUACGUCAGAAACAUCUGCCUAAGAAAUUCCGCCAUGUGCAUAGUGCAGUGGAAUCCCAUUGAAAUUCACAUGGAGGGACAUUUAUCAUUAGGUGUCUAUUGUAGACACAGAUCUACCCCUUUACACUGCUUGUCUAAUUUACACUCUUACUCUAAAUUUACAAAAGUUGCACACGUCCUUUGAUAAAUUGUGCGCAAAUAUAGAAACGCCCCCCUUGCUCUACAGUGCACUCCUUCUCUACCUCACACUUCUCAGAGCAGUGGUAUUUUCCCAUGGUACACUGCUCACAUAGCUAGAAGUGCCGGAGCAGCAGUGUGUGCCGAACAAAACUCUGCACAAUAGUAAAAUCUGAAAUCUUUAGAAAGUACAUAGAAUGUCUGGGUUUAAAAAAAUAUGUUAUUUUGCUAAACAAUCUGUCUCCUUACCUCUAUAUCAGUUUUACCAACCAGAAUGCCUCCAAGUGUUGCAAAACUUGGCAUACUGGGAGUUGCAGUUUUGCAACAGCUGGAGGCAACCUGGUUGGUAAACACUGUGUACAUGUACCAGAGCUGAGUGUGUGAUCAUGUACAUGUGGCAGAAACUAGUGUGCGGCAUGUGUAUUGAGCAGAGCUGAAUGCGUCAUUAUGUGUAUGCAUGACCACGCACACAAUCAGCUUUGCUGCAUACACACAAUCACACACUCAGCUCUGCUGCAUACACAUGAUCACACACUCAGCUCUGCUGCAUACACAUGAUCACGCACUUAACUCUGCUGCAUACACAUGAUCACGCCCUUAACUCUGCUGCAUACACCCAAUAACACACUCAGCUCUGCUGCAUACACGUAGUCACACACUUAGCUCUGCUCCAUAUACACAAUCACACACUAAGCUCUGCUGCAUACACAUGAUCACACACUCAGCUCUGCUGCAUACACCCAAUCACACAUUCAUCUCUGCUGCAUACACACAAUCACACACUCAGCUCUGCUGCAUUUACAUAGUCACACACUCAGCUCUGCUGCAUACACACAAUCACACACUCAGCUCUGCUGCAUACACAUGAUCACAAAAAUACAUAGACCUAACAGCUGUACCUCCUUCUCCCUCCCUGCAUAUACAGUGGUAUUCUUAGUUGUAAGAUCACCAUGAUUACAGUCUACACAGGUGCAAUCUCCUGCACUCAUCAAAAAAAGCUGGAGUUUGAAUUUUACACAGAUCUACAGUCUGUAGGGACCAGAGUCUAAUUUAAAUAUGUAUUACAUAUUGCUGGACUUAUUCUUAUAACAAUUUGUGUCCUCCUUGAUGGUGUAUAUUUGCGCAAAUAAAAUCAGGACUUGUGCAAAAUUUGUGCGUGUAAAGAGAAAAGACGCAGUUGAUAAAUCAAUGUCCACCAUAUAAUCAGCUCUACCGUACACCAUGAUUUAGAACUUGCAGAUUUCUAUCAAAAAUUGCGCAAAAAAACAUGCAAAAAAUGUUAUUGCACAAAAAUGAUUGCGCAAUAUACACAGUGAAAACGGUGUAUAUAUAAUGAUAAAUUCCCCACAUGGACUUUAUUUGCUGAGGAUUUAAAGCUGCAGAUUUUAUUAUUGCCCUACCAGCAGUUUAUUUGCUGUUAUAGAUGGGCAAAUUGAAUUGGACAAAGUCGAAUUUGUUCCGAAUUUCAUGAAAAAUUCGACUCGGACCGAAUCUGAAUUUCGACUCGAUUCUAAAUAACUAAUUUGUUCAUUAGCGAUCCAAAAAAGGGAUAGAGAUACCUUUUUUAUUAAAAUUUCGUAGGGUACCAUAAAAAAAUAAAUAAAAAGAUACAGUAGUGAUGGAAUUUUUAUUAAUUUUUAAACACGGAUCAAUUUGUGUGGGCGGGCAGGGAACUAAAAUUGUAGCUGACAAUAAUAAAAAUGUAGAAAUGGGCCAUUUAAAUGUAAAAUAAUAUAUUUUUUAAUAUUAAUUUUGUUAAACUUUUUAUUACUAAUGUAUUUUAAAAAUGUGCUUAAUACAGUGUGUGUGUUUUUAACUUUUUUUUUUCUUUACUACUCCCAGCAUGGAACUGACUGUCCCAUGAUGGGAGUAGUAGUACCUGCACUAAUAGACAGAUCGCCCGGGUAUUACUCCUUACACCCGAUUUGAUCGUCCUGUAUAAUGUAUAGAUGCGGGUGGCUUUCUCCUGCGCUCGUAUCUCUGCAAUAGAUAGGAUCUGUCCUUAACUGCAGGUACUAUUGCUCCCAACAUGGAGAACACUGCUCCAUGCUGGGAGCUGUAGUACCUGCAUUAAUAGACAGAUUGCAACAGGUUUCACUUCUGACACCUGUUGAGAUCUGUCUAUUAAUGUAGGUACUACAGCUCCCAGCAUGGAGCAGAGUGUGCUCCAUGUUGGUAGCAGUAGUACCUGCCGGUAAGGAAAGAUCACAGUGGGUGUCGCUCCUGACACCCAAUGUGAUUGUCCUAUAUAAUGUAUAGAUGCGGCCGUCCGGCCUCUCUUCUCUGGUCCCACUGUAGU